CUGUAAAAUGUACUCUGUCUCUUUUGCUGAAUGCGGCUCCAAACCGGAAGUGCUUGUAGUCCAUGAGGCCAAGUGCAGCGGUAACUUAACAGCAAGAUGGCUCAGAGACUACUUUUUCGCAGAAUUUGGACAGUUGCUACAAAAGAACUCCGUCAGAAUCCAGCCCCCUCAGCUGCUGUUGCUUCGUCAUCUUUCUCCACGUCCUUUCAGCCCUCUUCAAGCCGCGGACCCUUCUUGACACCUUCUCAUACUCUACCUUGCUCCCUACCUCUCGCCUUCCACCGACUAGUGUCUUUCAACGUCCAGGACCACGAUGACUUCACAGAGAGGGUCAUCAACAGUGAACUGCCCGUUUUAGUUGACUUUCAUGCACAGUGGUGUGGUCCUUGUAAAAUUCUUGGGCCACGGUUGGAGAAGGCCAUUGCAAAACAGGAAGGCAGGGUAACCAUGGCUAAAGUUGACAUAGAUGACCACACAGACCUAGCAAUUGAAUAUGGGGUUUCUGCUGUUCCAACUGUAAUCGCAAUCCGAGGAGGCGAUGUUGUCGACCAGUUUGUAGGAAUUAAAGAUGACGACCAACUAGACUCAUUUGUUAGCAAGGUCAUUGGACAAUAAACCAGCGGCCUCCUGUUGGGCUGACAACUUUGCCCAUAUAAUAUGUGUGCUUAUAUUAGUAUUAAGAUUUGUGUGUCUGAAAAAAAAUAUUUUAACAUGUCCAAAUGAAAAUCUGACUAAUGAUAUGAAGCUCACAGACACAAUCUGCUUCUUCACAUGUUUUAAUUUUAAUGUUAUUUUAAUCUAAUUUUCAUCUUCAAGUCUAAACUUAUUUACUAACCACUAAACCAAGUGUAUUUACAGAGCUUUAUAUUGCAUUCUAUUCACAAGCUUACUACACACAAAUCUUAGUACCUAAAAAUAUGCACAUAAUUUAGCAAAAUUUUUUAGCCUAUUGUCUCAGUAGCAAGAUAUCACAAUUCACUGGCAUUCUGUCAGCACACACACCCAUCUCUAGACAUAAUGCUUCAGCUAUUUAAUAGCAUUUUAGAUUUUAGUCUCCAGUGGUGGGUGUGUGCCUCUAGUCUAAUUUACAGUUUUAUUUUUCCUCAGCACUAGAGAGCUGCUGAAUGCGUGUUUCCUGUGAAAGUUUAUGUACAUGAAUUACUGCAGCUUCUUUAUCAAGAGGGAUAUAUAGUUUUAGGAAAGGGGAAACUUAAAUGACUAUUGAAUGACUGUGUUACUAGCAGUACCUGUUUCAUACGCAAGGUGGUAACGUUGUUCAAUCUCGGAGCCAUUUGACGUUAAUAUACACCAAUAUGCCUACUAAUGUGAGAGUGGGUGAGUACGAGUUUGUAUGUGAAAUGUUUGAGCAUGGAUCUUGAGUGUAAAAAAUAAACUUAAAUCAAAGUUUAAUUUAGUUUAUACUAAAAUGAAUGAAUGAAUGGAUUUAUGUUCAAUAACAUGUCCAAGUGUAGUAAUAAAGUGUGGGGAAGUAUUCUGUA